AUGCUUAACUCCGCAAGUGAACUGGAGUUUUCGAACCACGAAAGUUGCGAGGAAUUAUCCCAGCUCUCUUCCCUGGAACUAUCAUCCAGAGAGAAGACCUCAACAUGUUUAGUCGAAAAAUCUGGCUACCCCGACUCCAUUUACGUCAUGGCAGCGAACAUUUUUCAGGGUAUUCGAAUCGAAAGGUCACCAGAGAGGGUCUUGAUCAAGUAUGGGAAUGAACCUCUGCCAACCUCUUCUGAGUCUGACGAUGAAUCCUUCCAGCGUUUAUCCUACGAGCUGGCUUUCAGUGCUCUGAAGUAUCAAGAUAUUUUGGAAAGUAUAUUAAUAGACAGUUAUAUCUUCCCAACUACUACAAUACCAAAUCAUUUGAGCAGUCUUAUUAUUGUCAUGCUGUAUGAUUUCCAAGAUAGAAAAUUUCAACCCCGUCUCCUUUCUGAUAAUGAAGACUCCGUAUCAGAAGUUCAAGAAGUAGAGAACCUUCUUAAUAGUUUUAAGACAAAAUUGGCUGCAUCAUUGGCAAGAUGUCGAAUCAAACAUGAUGCCCUUUCAAUUUACCACAUUCUACCAGAAACAGUUAGAAAACAGGAACUAAGGGCCUCCACUUUGCCACUUUAUGCUUGGAUAAAUACUUGUAAAAUCAGCCCUGAAGACGUUUAUAGUAAUUUGAGGAAAAAAGGGUAUCAUAAAGUCAAAUCUGUCUUUCAUAUUGAUGAUAAAGUCUUCGCUGUGGACAAACAUUGCUAUGAUGUCUUAAUUUUUCCAUCUCAUCUUAAAAAUGAUCUUCUAAGUAUAGAUCUUUUCAAAGAUUACAAACUUAUACUUCAGGACAAGUCUCGAAGUCUUGCUGUCCAUUCAGUCAAGGCUUUAUUGAAUAUGGAUGAUGAUAUCUUAAUGGUCAAUACAGGUUCAUGGUACACAGUCGCCCAUAUGUCAAUCUUAACAAAUAAUAACACCUCAAAAAUAUUUGUUUGUGGAGUAGAAUCACAUGCUAAGGAUCCUGACCUGAAGAACCUUUUCACAAAAAUGGGAUGUAAAAAUAUUGAAAUACUUCGUGAGACAUUUAUUAACAUUGACUCAAAGGAUCAUAGGUUACAGAAAGUUAAAGUGAUUCUGCUUCUACCUCGUUGUUCAGGACUGGGUGUUAGCAAUCCAGUAGAAUUUAUUUUAAAUGAAUAUGAGGAUACAGAUUUACUUAAAGAUUUCUCUCAAGGAGGAACAUCAGAAGAUAAAAUUCAUGUUCUUGCUCAGCAGCAAUAUGAGCAGCUAACGCAUGCAAUGAAAUUUACUAAAGCUCAAGCAGUUGUUUAUUGCACAUGCUCAGUUUAUCCAGAAGAAAAUGAAGCAGUUGUUAAAAAAGCACUGGAAUUUCAAGACCAUGGGAUUAAAGUACAACCUUAUAGGCUUAGCCCUCCUGUUCUUCCACUCUGCUCCUUAAAGGAAAUACAUUUGUCUACUGAUAAAUUUUUCAGAAUGGAACCAUCUGAUACUACCAAUGGUUGUUUUCUUUCUAUUCUAACAAGGGAGCGGGACCCAUCGGAGACAGUGUCUGUGAAAGAUGUUUUGGCCCGAGCUGCAGCCAAGGGUCUUCUGGAUGGGAUUGAGUUGGGUAAAUCAUCAAAACGGGAGAAGAAGAAGAAAAAAUCAAAAACAUCAUUGCCCAGAGCUUCCACUAAUGAUUAUAACGGUGUCCAAAUGAAAAUUGCUGAGUUCCUAAAUCGAGAAACUAAAGCAAAUGCUAACCGAUCAGAGACAACAAAAAUACCCCUUCCACAGAAAAACACAACUCUAGUGGGUACUUCCUCACAGAUGAAAAAGCCCAUCAAACCUGCCACCAAUCCUUUAGUGCCCACAUUCAUGAAGAACACGUCUCCCUACAGACCUUGUGAGCGGCAGACAAACUUCGUAAGACCUCGACCUGAAGAUAAAAUGGUUGUACUAAAACCUGUGGAGAUUGUUUUACCUCCAGUAAUGUUGCCAUUUUCAAGUUCCCUAGGGAGCAGACCAACUCAACAUUGUUACUGUCGUUGGAUUGCACCCAAGCCUCUUGUGCCCACUUGCGUUCCUACACCUUCAAUGUCCCGAAGAGGGGAAAAGCCUAAAGAAAACUUACCUUCCUCCCAACUCAGACAUCCUCGACCAUGGCUUUGACUGACUUGUGUUUUUUUUUUUCCCCCUCCACAAGUGUCAGAAGCAGUUGAUUAA